GCUGCUGUGCAGGCGAUGCCGCAGAGAAGGGCUGGCGAGGACCCCGGACGGGGGCGGAGGUGGGGUGGUGGCCCGGGAGGCGACGAGACCUAUGCAUCCCCGGGCCAAGGCGGAGGGCAGGGCGGAGCCGGGCAGGUGGCCCCGGCAGCCCGGGAGAGCGCUGAGCGCGCGCCGCACCUGCAAGUCUGCGGCUGGCAAUGCGCGCAGGGCGGAAAGUUUGGAAGUGGCGGGACCGGGAGGAACCGCGCCACCCGCGGUGACCUUAGGCGAGGGGUCACCCUCCGGUCUCCCCGCGCGUCCCCCACCCCCACUCCGCUGCAGGCUUGGACACCGAGUCCCGCGUCCUCCGAGCCGGCUCGCACUCCCGGGACCGCAGAGUCCGGGCGGGGCAAGCGUAAGGAAGCACCUGUCCGACCCGCGCUGGACCCUGGGCUCGGAAGUGUCUCCUCGGACCAGAUCGAACAACUGCACAGGAGGUUCAAGCAGCUGAGUGGGGACCAGCCCACCAUUCGCAAGGAGAACUUCAACAAUGUCCCUGACCUGGAGCUCAACCCAAUCCGAUCCAAAAUCGUUCGUGCCUUCUUCGACAACAGGAACCUGCGCAAGGGACCCAGUGGCCUGGCCGACGAGAUCAACUUCGAGGACUUCCUGACUAUCAUGUCCUACUUCCGGCCCAUCGACACCACCCUGGGCGAGGAGCAGGUGGAGCUGUCCCGAAAGGAGAAGCUGAAAUUUCUGUUCCAUAUGUAUGACUCGGACAGUGACGGCCGCAUCACCCUGGAAGAAUAUAGAAAUGUGGUGGAGGAGCUGCUUUCUGGAAACCCUCACAUCGAGAAGGAGUCAGCACGAUCCAUCGCAGAUGGAGCCAUGAUGGAGGCGGCCAGUGUGUGCGUGGGGCAGAUGGAACCAGACCAGGUGUACGAGGGGAUCACCUUUGAGGACUUCCUGAAGGACCAGUGCAGGGGACAGUGGGAAGCCUAGCUCCAAGGCCUGCCUCACCCCAGGAAGCCCAUCGGGGCACCUCUAUAGAUGCUGGAUGACAGCUUGGCAGUGUGGCACCCCAACAUCAGAGGGAGACACGCCACCUGCCUAUGUUAGGUUCCUCUGUCCCUCUGUCCCUGCUCUCAUCCUGACUCCCCACGUGCGCCCCCCACCUAAUUGUUAAUUGCCAAGGAAUGGGAGAGGGUGAUCUUGGGAGGGACAAGGCUUUGUCUUGUAAAUGGUCUUGUGAACUGAAUGUCCAGGCCCUAACUGGCCAGGGUUGACAGUCUACAGCAGUGUCACUCGAUACAGAUUGCUCUACCUGAGCACAAGUGUAUCUGAGCAGCUGGACCCCUAUUCCACAGAGGUUAUGGCGACCACGCUGGUGGGUUAUUUAAUGAUGCUAUCUAAUGGAGCCCGCCAUGUAGUUUACAUUAGUGCUCCUUGGAUGAGGCUGACCUUAUCUGAGUCUGGAAAGGGGGAGGCAUGGAGGGGCAACCCUGGAAUGACACUAAGGAAAAGGAGGCUGUCGUUGGCAUGGAACUGAGCCCGUUGUGGGGUGUGGGUGAGAUUGAAGAGCCCACCCAUGGUGGAGCUUGGAUUCAGGACUUCAUCCUAACUUGCCAUGGUGACCAUCUCGGCAAGAACCAGAGUAACCGGAAGAGAGAGCUGGGAGUUGUCCCUCGCUUAGCUCACAGCCUUGGAACCCAUCCCGCUUCUCAUUGGCCAGGUGGCUCAGUUGGUGGGGCUCAGAAGGGGGUGGGAAGGCCGAGGACCCGGCUUGGGCAGGUGUCAGGCAGUGGUGGGGUGCCUCCUGAUGCCACUCCCUCCG